GGAGGAGGAGGAGGAGGAGGAGAGGGAGGAGGAGGAGGAGGAGGAGGAGAGGGAGGAGGAGGAGGAGGAGGAGGAGGAGGAGGAGGAGGAGGAGAGGGAGGAGGAGGAGGAGGAGGAGAGGGAGGAGGAGGAGGAGGAGGAGGAGGAGGAGGAGAGGGAAGAGGAGGAGGAGGAGGAGAGGGAAGAGGAGGAGGAGGAGGAGAGGGAAGAGGAGGAGGAGGAGGAGGAGGAGGAGGAGGAGGAGGAGGAGGAGAGGGAGGAGGAGGAGGAGGAGGAGGAGAGGGAGGAGGAGGAGGAGGAGGAGGAGGAGAGGGAGGAGGAGGAGGAGGAGGAGGAGGAGGAGGAGGAGAGGGAGGAGGAGGAGGAGGAGGAAAGGGAAGAGGAGGAGGAGGAGGAGGAGGAGGAGAGGGAGGAGGAGGAGGAGGAGGAGGAGGAGGAGGAGGAGGAGGAGGAGAGGGAGGAGGAGGAGGAGGACGAACUUUAACAAAUAAAAUUCGGAAACUGUCAAAGGCUUACUGUUGGCACUCCACCCUCCACAGGGUAAGCAAAAGGCAUAACCUCUCCAACCCGGCGGCAGUGGUGGGCGGUCCCUGCCUGACGAAGCGCGUGCUCGCACUGCUGCAGAUAAUACAAGGCAGCAUCAAGGGCGCCGCAAUGCUCGUAUCAGUCUGUGAUCUACCACGUAUUGGUAUCCAAAUCUAA